GGCAAAGCAAAAGAAACGCCUCCGUUCUCAAAGCCAGAGGGAAGAAUCUGCACUCGUUCACCUGUGCAGAGAAACUCUCCCUCUCCGCCUCUUGUUUCAGAGAAUCAGGAAGAAGGACAAGGUGACAGGAACACCAAUACGCUUGUUCCUAUCACUGAAACUCCGAGAAUGGAGAAAAGGUCCCAUGUUACUGAAUUGGAAGGAGAAAAAGAGCAUGUUGAUUCGACUGCUCUACAUUCAGCUGCGGACCUGUCAUCAGAGGGUGGAAGUUCGAAUGGGACGACCAAAAAAAGAAAAGGAAGAGGACCAGGAAAGGGUGUAAAGCCUGGACACAACCUGUCCCUGGAAUUUCACGAUAACAGGAUAAUUACCACUCAAGCAGCCCGUGAAAUUUCAGCUAUCUUCAAAAGGAGCAUCAAUGGGCCUUGGAUUACUUUCUCAGAGUAUCCUGCAUCAGAACUCGAGACUGUGAUAGCUCGUUUCAAGGACUCAUGAUUCACUUACACUGGGUCAAAAGAGACUUUCAACGAUAUGAAAAUGAGUGAAGAAUAUAGGGAAUCGGGAGAAGAGUGAGCUUGCAGCCACUGGCGGUUCAGCACUGUUGGCCAAGUACAGACAUGAAGAAGAUGGAACGAUACAAGCAGAGGCUGAAAAGGUAUCCCAAGGGGAAGAACCAAACAAAUUUGCCAUCUAUCAAGAAGUGAUCGGACCACAACGCCCAAAGCGUGUUAUAGGGAUGGGCCAUGGGGUGAGCUCGGUUGAUGUCUUCGGUCCCACAUCGAGUCAAGGUAGUCAGGGUUGCAGCAAGCGUUGUUAGGAGGAUCGAACCAAAGAAAGGGAAAAAAAUGAUGAGAAAAUGAAGAAGUUGGAGGAUGAGAUCGUAGAUGUGAGGAAUGCAGUCCCUCACAUUGUUGAAUCUGUCUUGCAGAGACUUGGAGUGCGGCUGCCCGAGUCAUUCGACAUGGAUCUAAACAGUGAAGCAAAUGGGGAACAAGGUCGAGUUGGGGAAACUCACGGUAACGAUGUGGCCAACGACGAGUCCGAUGAGGAGACUGCCGAGGAGACUACUGCUGAUGCAUGAAUUUCUUUUUAAUACUAUCGUAGGAUUCUAAGUAUCGCUGGACUUUGGGAUAUUUUGUGUCAUUUUCGAAGGAUAUUUUGUCUUUUGAAGUUUGGAUGUUUGGUCGUAUCUGAUGACUACUUGUUAGACAGUUUGAAAGUUAAUUUUGGAAUAUGCAUAACUUUGUUUGGAUGAUUUGUUUGUGUUGUCUUCACUAGAAGUAUAAUGGCGU